AUGACAUCAAACAAUCCCCUACAAAACUCCGGGGCAUCAGUCUUCUACCCCUCCCCCCCAUCCGCAGCCGAGAAUCUCAAGAAUGCAACCCUCUUCACACGCCUCCAUAUUCGCGCAACUCCUCAAGUUGCACAGCAGGCUAUAAACAGUACACCUACGCUUCGGAACACAUUUCUCCUGGGUCAUCUCAAUGACGUUUUGAUUUUCGAUACCGAGAAAGGAGCGCAUAUCACACAUGUCAAAGCCGUGUUGAAAAUGUUGGUAGAGAAGGGUAUGACGGCCGAUAUCAACCUGUGUGCUUUUGAUAAGCCGGAUUGGACUUCGGCUGGAUUUUAUAUCGAUCCGAUUGGUAAUGAGAAUGAGAAUAAGGGGGGGCGUGGAAAACAGGCUUUUAUGGUUAUUUUGAGGGAACAUUUGACGAAGGAGGCACUGGCGGCUAUAGAUAGGAAGUUGUGA